AUGGCACAAGAGCUUGCUCCGAUUGUUUACAGCAAUGUGUUGCCGUGGCGUGGUUGCGAGAAGCUGUAUAUGGACACUCGAACGGCCGACGUAUUCUUCGUCUUUGAAUUCGAUGAUGAAGACACCGUGAAAGUUCCAGCGCACAAAAACAUCCUAUCGGCCAACAGCGGAGCAUUUGACGCGAUGUUCUAUGGUCCGCGCAAACAAGAAGGUGACAUCCCAAUCGUUGACUCAACUCCCGGGGCAUUCAAGGAAUUUCUGCAAUUCUUCUAUCUUGGAACGGUAAAAUUGACCAACGAAAAUGCGACGCACGUCAUGAAUCUCGGCAAACAAUAUUUAGUCGACGAGUGCUGCAUGACCAUUUCCAACUUCACCGAGAAAACUUUAACAUUGGACAACAUGUGCGUUGGCUAUGAGCUGGCGAUUCUCUUCGAACAAGCUCAGUUGAUGAAGUUCUGUGAACAAAAAAUUGGCGAGAACCCAAUAGGAAUCUUCCAGUCCAACAGUUUCCUAUCAUGUGGAUCGAAUUUAUUGGCAAGAAUCUUGCAGCUGGACACAUUUAACUGUGACGAAUCGGUGGUGUUUGACGGUUGUAUGACCUGGGCAAAAGCCGCCUGCAUUAAGAAAGGAUUGGACGAAACGAACAUGCAGAAUCUUCGCGAUCAGUUGGGCGACUUGUUUUACGAGAUUCGGUUUGGCGAUAUGACGGCCGAAAGUUUCUACCCUCGAUAUAGUUCUUACGGAGGUCUAUUUUCGAUUGAAGAAUUCACAGACAUUAUCGGCAUGAUUGCAUCUAAGGAACAUCGACCAUCGAAAUUUAAUCCCAAAGGUCGAAAAGCGAGCCAAAUUUACAAAUAUAGUAACAAAGAACUUAUUUGUAAUCUGAUUGAUGAAAAUUAUUUGAGACGCGAACGGACCAAUUUUGAAAACCACAGCGUUGUAUUUGCAUCCAAUUGCGAGAUAUUCUUAAAAACAAUUCACUGUGGAAAAGUAUUCUAUAACGAUGGUGAAGAAGCUGGUUUCAAAUAUGAAAUUCGAUUUUAUAUUGAAAUUGGUAGGUGGUAUAGUUUGAAAACUCUUAAGCCUAAGGUACGGAUGGAUGAAGGCGUCGAAAUUCAAUUCCACACUGACACCAAUUAUUCUUCAAAUAAAAAUGCUGAAUUGGUGGAAGAAAUUCACUUUAUGAAGCUUGAUGCGUGA